AGACUAUCUAUAUAAUGGACAGCAAUAUUAAUAGCAUACCUAUUGUGGAAUAAUAGUCUUCUUAAAGAGUCUAGCUAAUUAAUUAAAAAAAUAACAAAUUAGAUUACAAUCUACUUUUAAAGUAUUCUUAGGUUUAGGGUUGUGAAUUACCAAAAGUUGAAAUUGAAAUAUUGUUAAAAAUAUUCAAAAGAUUAGAUUACAAUAAAUAAGGCUAUUUGAGUUAUCAUGAUAUGAUUGAUCUAUUAAAGGGUAUGUAAUUGUGAAGUGAAAAACUAGAAUUCGGAUUCUCUAUUGAUUAAAAAUGCAAAGAAAAAAUCUUUAAGGAAAUUGAACUUAGAAAUACAUAAUAAUUAGAUUUCUAAACAAUUAUAUUUGUUGCAAAAGUGUGUAGAGAUUUUGAAUCAGAAAAUAAACAUGAAGACUUAUAAAUCCAUUUUAAUGAAUUUAGUACAAUUUAAAAACAUAUUUUAGUUGAUGCAUUCGUAGCAUUAGGAGGAGAACCUGAUUCAACUGGAUAUAUUCAUAAAAAUAGAAUAAUUGAAAUUUUAAAAGAGGAAUUCGAUUUGUAAUUUGAUGUAGAUGAGUUUCUAGAAUAAUUAGAAGUAUAAAAUGAUCAGAUUGAUUUUGAUAAUUUUAAAAGUCUCUUCAAGAAUAAUAAUAAAUAAUCAUUAAAAAAAAACAGUAGCUUACUUUCGGUAUAUUUUACAACACAUAUCAUAGCUCUUUUCUUAAAGAUCGCUUGUAAAAUCUACUUCAAGUAUUUCUACUGUAAAAAUAAGAAUGAAAGAUUUCGAAAAAUUUCUUUAAAAAUUUGAAUAAGAGGAUUCUGAAUAUUUUAGCCAAGCAUCUCCCAUGAAGAAGAAUUGAAUAGUAAUAUGAUAUUAACUUAAAAUUUUAAUUUAUUAUAAUUAUCA